GUAAAAACAUCUGAACCGACAAAUUGUGUGGUCGAUGACCAGUCACUUAAAGAAAACAGAAAAGGCAAGAGCAAAAAAUUUUGUCUCGAGGUUUUAUUACGGAAGACGAUUUCUAUGGCGAAACUUUUAAUCGAUGGAAACGACUGCUUGUAGAGGUGAAAAUCAAUGGUAGCAAAUCAAAGAACUACCGAUUUUUUAAGAUUAGCUGGAAAACUUCCUGACGAUCCAAAAUCGGUAGAUCCACGGAGGACUUCACCUUUUCCGAUCUAUUUAGGCAUCCAUGAGAAAAACGAUGAGUUUGAGAUGGUUGACGAACUUCACCUUUUCAGCUCUCUUUGACAAAGUCUUAAGAAGAUUUGAAAAAUCACAAAAAGGACUAGUAUACUUUUGGAGAAAAUAUUCAUAUUCCAACUGCGAAGAUUAUGGGUUUCAUUCUUCUAUGGAUAACUUGUUUUUAAAAUAAAAGAUAAGUUAUUUCCAGAUACUUUGUUUUCUUUUACAUUAAUAUAAAUCAUAAUUUGCAUAUAAAUAUAGCAUGAUUAUUUUAUUAAUAUGUGACUGAAUUUUACAUUUGACAGCUACGAUAAAUUUGGAUCCGGAAAAAUACGUUGGAAGUGAACAUUUACCAUCACCAAAAGGGAGAUCAUGGUGAUACCAAAAAAAACUCACAUUUUCAUCGGAUAGCACGAUCUCAAGGGUGUCUUCAUGCACUGUGUUGUACUGCUUCCAAAAAUGGAAAGGAUAAAAGGGAGAAUAAAUGGACAAAUAUGGUUUUAUACCAUAGGGACAACUAUGUUGUUUUUAUGUUCCGUUUUGGCGAUUUUCCCUAUUUACAAUUCGGUUGGUACAUAUAUCUUUAUAAUAUCUACGUUUUAAAGGAACAAAAAUUUUGUGUAGUUAUUACGUAUGUUUCAUGGCCAAGCUAAACGAUUUAAUGCAUCCUCCCUGAUUUAAAAUAUAUACUGUUAGUGAAAAUGUACAUAUCUUAAGAAUAUUUACAAUUCGGUUGGUACAUAUAUUUUUAUAAAAUCUACUCCCUCCGUUCCUUAAAGAUACAUAUUCUAGAAAAAAAAUUUGUUUCUAAAAAAUUUAUUUUUUACAUUUUCAAUGCAUGUUUUAUUAACUAAUUGUAAAUUUCAAAAAUCUUAAUUGCACUAAUUGAUGUUUUAUUGGCUUAAAAUUGUAGAAAGAAGAUAAACACCAAAAAUUAUGCAAAUUUAAUGUGUUUUAUUAAAAUGUGUGAAAAAACUAGAAUAUGGAUCUUUUAGAAACAGAGUGAGUAUGAUUUAAAGAAAUAAUAUUUUUGAGUAGUUAUUAUGUAUUCUUCAUGGCCAAGCUAAACGAUUCAAUGCAUUCUCAAUGAUUUUAAAGAAUAGUCAGAUAAUUAUUUUUUAUGCAAAAACCAGAUAGUUAACAGCUCGUAACAAAUUUGGAAUAUACCAUUGGAACCGAAUUCUUAAAUUAUCCAUGAGUUGUUAGUCAAAAACAUUAAAAAUGAGCAUUUUUUUUUUUUUCCUAAUUUAAAUCGACAUCUACCACAGAUACUAUCUGAAUUUUGGAAUAUACUUUAAAAAUAAGAUAUUAUCAAAAAAUAUUGUUGAUAGCAUUUUCGUGAAAAUUUUACUAAUUGGUAAAUGAUAUACAAACUUUUUAGGGGUUGGAUUGUUGGGGUUUAGGGUUAGGGAGAAGAACACUACACUAUUGUUAUGAUUUAGUUUAGGUAUGUUGGGGGUAUAGAUUACAUAAUAUAUAAUUAAUGUUUUGUAUUUGGUGAAGUUAACGAAAUGUUUUGAACUGGUUUGGUUUAUGCAUUAUGGGGGUUAGAUAGAAAUUUUAAGGAUUUGCUUUAACUAAGUAACAUUAGAUUACACUCAAUAUUUAGUAAGCUAUAUUAUAUAACGUAUUAAUAAAAUUUGUUAGGAAAAAUGGGUUUACGUUAAAUAUUUUGUUAAGAGACGGGGCCUAUCGAAGAAAGACAUUCAAUAUGUCAUGUUCCACCACGUUUGGGUCUGCAUUCAAAAACCCAACGUCAAUAAGCAAGAGCCAAUAUAACAGGAAGAAAACUAAAGAUAUAAAAUAACGGAAAUGCCCUUUAAUGAAGUUAACGAUUUCUAUUGGAAAUGAAUGGCAUAUGUAGUAAGUAUAAAGGUUUAAAAUAGAUAGGAUCAUGGUUUAAUAGUAUAGUUUUUACGAAACUCGUCUAUUAUGUUUCACUUCUUUUGCGUGAACGUUGUUAACGUCAUUCAUAAAGUAACAAGUCUGUAAUCAUUUAUCGGUUUUUUCUUGGUCAACCAUUUAACGUUUAUUUGUAUGAAUUGUUUUUGCAAUAAGGUUGAUUGAUAUGACAAUGCAUGCUAGUUAGUUAGUUUCUGACAAGCUAGUUACUUACGGGUGACUGUCGUAUUUCUGACAACCUAGCAAAUACAGGUGGGAGGGACCAGAUCGUGUUUCACUAUUCGUAUAUAGGCCCGAAUGCUAACAUACCGAACAACUAUGACAUAAAUACGGUUUAAAUAGUAACAAAAAUAUAUGUAUCUAUAUAUCUAUAAAUAAAUAGAUAUAUAGUAUAUAUAGAGUUUUUUUUGUUACUAUUGACAGCGGUGCGGUGCGGACGGUUGAUUACCACUCAGAGCUACAAUAGAUUCUAGAUAACUGGUUAAUGACUAUCAAUUUAAAUAUUAAAAUAGGUAUAGAUAUUUAGAUCUAGAUUAGUAAAAAAUAAACUAAAAUUAAAAAAUAUAUAUAUAUAUAUUGAAAGUAAUUAUAAAUGCUAAAUUUUAAAUUUAUAAAAAUAUAGAUAUGCUAUAAUAAAAAUGAAAAUAUAAUAUUAUAAAGUUGAUUUAUUAAUAAAUAUUAAUACAAUAAGAAAUUAAUGAUAAACUUUAAAGAAUAUAUUUAAAAUUUAAAAUUCUAAUAUAGAUAUUCAGACUUAGAAAUAAGAUACAUGGAUCCAAAUCCAUGAUUCAAAUCUGAAUAUCCUUACUUUAAAAAUUAAAAUUAAAUAUAUAUAUUUAUUUAUUAAAUAUCAAAUUUAUUGAUCAAAAUUGCACAUUUACAAGUAGGUGGAUAUGUCUCUAUUCGACUAAAAACAAAUAAAAGAAUUAGACGCAACCCUUCCUAACGUUAAUUAACCUCAAACCAUCUUCGCAUCAUCUCCUCCGACGGAUGAUCCUUGGUGUAACGAAGUGAUGAUAUCUGAUUCCUAAUCUGCUUAUCUAUGUUUCGAGUGAGCUUUUCCGUCGUGACCCACACACCACUAUGCCUUCGUGAGUUUCGCUCUUUCCAGACAAAGUAAAAGUCAUCCUCCUAAGCACAUGAUCAAUACGACUUCGAACAAGUUUCAAGAGUGAAGCUAUUGUAUCGUUCCAAUCAGGGGUGAUAACGCUAUGUAUAUAUUUUUGACAAAUCUGAAAUUUUAUUUUCUACAUUCGGAUCUAUUUUCUAAGAUAUUCGUAUUUUUUUUAUCAAAGAUAUUCGUAUUGAUGAACUGCAUUUUAUCCUUAUUAAUUUAAUAUAGUCAAAUAAUCAUAUAAAAAUAAAGUGUGUGAUUUUAUCUUAUAUCUUCAAUGACAUUUUCCACGGAUCAAUAUUUUUAUUUACCCGAAUGAACUUAUGGUUUAGUUUGAAAAUUGGUUCAUGUGCAUUUUUAUUCAAUUUAUAAUUUUCAUAAAAAUAUAUAACUUUAUUAAAAUAAUCUAGACAAAAUUGGAAAACAAAUCUGUUUUUAUAUAUUUCCCCAUGUCUAUUUAAAAAUAUGAUUUCUUAUAUCCUUUUUUGUGCUGCUAAAUAAAGGAUUUCAUUAUUACAUGAAAAAGAUAGAAUUCUAAAAUAUUAGAAACGUUACGCCAUCAAAUACGAAACCCAUUAUUAUUAUUCGGAGUCGUUGAGAGUUGCGAAUUACACGCAAUUAAUUAAUAAAAAUAAAAAAACCUUGUAUAUAUAUAUAUAUAUAAUAUAAGUUAUAACUAGAGUCCAAAAAAAAAAUAAACCACAAUAAAUAGAUAAAGAAGAGAUACAGUUGUAGCCUUGUUCUAGGGUUCUUCUUAUUGGCCGCGCAAAUCAUCGCGCCGCUUCUCUCUCUUUUCUUUUCUUCUCUCACAGAUCUCUAACUCACGCUCCCCGAAUUGAAUCCUCCUCUGAUUCUCAACGUGUUCUUUUAUGUAAACAAAGGAAUCUGUAGAUCUAGCGAAUCGUAUUUGAUCAUCGUCUGUGUGAAUCUGAUAAACGGAUAAUCGAAUUACCUGGAAAAAAAAUAAAUUCGAUUUUUCUUUUGUUUACUGGAUUAGAUCUUUGAGAUUAAUAUGAAUAUUAUGAAGAGAUCGAAGAAAUCGAGGGUUUCAUGGCCAUCAGGUCCUAAGCUUUGUCAGGUUAAGCUGUUUCGAACAGAGGACUGUCCUGCUAAAGUUGCAUCUCAGGCACAUCGUCAUACCCACCCAAAGCAAUCAAUAAGCAAACCUCGAGUGCCAGAUCUUCCACCUGGUUUCGAAGGAAACCACUAUGCAGAGAAGCUGAGUGUCUCAACCAUUCCUCGGAUCAAAUGGAAACGACCUUCUAAGUUCAUAGUCAGUGGUACUUGGCUAAUGGGAGAUGGUGGCGAGAGCACAGAAAGGAGAACUGAAAACUUGAGGAUUUCUAAAGUGUUGGAAGCCAUCUAUCCUCAUCGCUCUACCAUCCCUUCUCGACCCUCUGUUUCACCGGUUGUUGAAGCGGAAAGCUUUGACGACAGCAAAACGCCCACCAUUCGUCUCACUCCAAUCGAGGACGAGUCUGAAUCUUCAGAGGAAUCAUCCAACACUACCGCAAGCAAGCAAAGUUCGUUGGAGACCAAACCUUCAAUCCAAGGACUGGUUUCUGGUCCUGCACCAGAGUUGAGCCUGGCUGCUGCUUCUGCAGCUCUUGCUGCACUGAUGAAAACCAAGGAACAAGGGAGUAUGAUUGAUCCUCAUCUACUUAUCAAACUCCUCAGCAACCCGAAAAUGAUCAAGCAUCUGAUCACUGACACAACAGGUAAAUCCUCUGAACCUAAGAAUCAGCCCCUUGAGACUAAUACCAUCAACCCUACUAGGCUUGUUGCUGAACAUGCCACUCCCUUACCCAUGACAAAGCCACAGCCAACAAUAAUACCUCAAAAACAGGGUUUCACAGCUUCUCAGCCUUUUACUAACCCUGAGCAGAGACGAGUGUCUCCACCUAAGCCUGUAAACCAAAACAUAUCCCCUCUGAAUCAAGUCCCGGUUAGUAUACCAAUGUCUGUUCAACCAUGUGUUAUUAGUAUAGCUACGCAACCACCUCUUCCGGCUCGUCUCCCGUCGAGUUCUCUACCAAUGAACGUUAACCCCCACCAGAGACCUCCACGUGUUUUCUCUGAACCAAAGGUAACAGUGAAUCCUCCUCACCACAAUUCUGCAUACCGCACUCCUGAAAUGAACAUUGUUCAGGCACCAGUUGUAUUUGGAAGGGGUCCUCAAACUGGUUUCAACAAUUAUCCAAUGAACUUAAACCGGACUGGUAAACCGGUAGUGCAACCAAUGAAGAGUGAUGACUAUUUCAAAAACCUUAUAAGGGAACAUGGUACCGCGAAUCAUGAAACUAACCAAUACCAUUCACAAAAUGGAAAAUUCAAUGGACGCAUUGAUCAAAAUAAGGUUCAGAAACAGUGUAUAUACUAUGGCACUGCGAGAGGUUGUCAGAUGGGUGAUAGAUGCGUCUGUGUGCAUGACCGAUUGAGACCUAAUUUUGAAGCCGAGGCUCCAGGGGCUAAGAGGUUGAAGUUUGGAAGCUAUGAUAGAAAUAAUUUUUGAACAUAUAAAUUCUGACUCUUGAUUCAUUCCAAAUCAGCAAGUAGAAUUUUGUCUUUAGUAAAAAAAAAACCUGAGUUGAAACAAUUUCAAAUUUGAUUAAUUUUUGUUCUUCAA